AUGGGCGGGUGGGCAAUCGCUGUGCACGGCGACGUUGGUGUGGAUCCCAAUCUCUCUAUGGAGUGUCAGGAACAGGCCAAACAACUCCUCACUCGCUGCCUCAAUCUCGGCAUCUCUGCUCUUGGUUCCGAUCUCGCAGCCUUUGAUGUUGUUGAGCUUUUUGUACCUACUACUAAUUGUGGUGGUGAAGAAAUGAAAAUAUUGCCACCUAAUUUGCCUUUGCCGAUGCCAUUGACAAGGUUUCGAGGGCAUCCUCCUGGUGCUGCUUUGUUCGGAUUGGGAACAACCCUCGCACUCGUCAAACACACUUGCCCCGCCACCACUCGGCUAGCCCUAGCAAAAAUGGGCUUGAGGCUCGUUUCGAGGUUCACGAGCAACUGGGCAAACGGUGGGGGCCACCAACCCAUUAAGCCCAAAGGUAGAUCGAGCCCGAGCUCAUGGCCGAGGGCUGCUGACAAAACACAUUCGUUGCUCUCAAUGUCUUACACAAGAAGGUUUUUAGAGAAGCAAGAGCGAGAAAUUGAAGAAAGAAGGCGCAAACGAGCUGAAGAAGAAAAGGAGGAAGAAGAUGAUGAUCAAGUUGCCAUAUCAAUGGGUAUGCUUCAUCAAUCAAGCCAAGGCAAAUAG